CUCGCUUUCCGGCCAAUACAGAGGUGCCUGAAGGCUGGUUGGGGUGGUGAGGCCCGAGGCAGACUUUUCGCUGAUUUCCAUGCCCUUGGACUCCAGAAAGUCAGAAGAGAAUGUAAUAGUCUCAGCUUUCUGGAGUGGUGUUACUUGGAAGACGCUUCUGGAAUUUCUGAGCAGCGCUGGUCAGUACAAGAUGGACCCUGUAGUCUUGAGUUACAUGGACAGUCUACUGCGGCAGUCAGAUGUCUCUCUAUUGGAUCCUCCAAGCUGGCUCAAUGACCAUAUUAUUGGGUUUGCCUUUGAGUACUUUGCCAACAGCCAGUUUCAUGAUUGCUCUGCUGACGUCUGCUUCAUCAGCCCCGAAGUCACCCAGUUUAUCAAGUGCACCAGCAACCCAGCAGAGAUCACCAUGUUCCUUGAACCCCUGGAUCUCCCCCACAAGAGAGUUGUAUUUUUAGCCAUCAAUGAUAAUUCCAACCAGGCAGCUGGGGGAACCCACUGGAGUUUACUGGUUUAUCUCCAAGAUAAAAAUAGCUUUUUUCAUUAUGAUUCCCAUAGUGAAAGCAACUCAGUCCAUGCAAAGCAGGUAGCAGAGAAGUUGGAGGCUUUCUUAGGCAGAAAGGGAGACAAACUGGCCUUUGUGGAAGAGAAAGCCCCUGCUCAACAAAACAGCUAUGACUGUGGGAUGUACGUGAUAUGUAACACUGAGGCCUUAUGCCAGAACUUCUUUAGGCAACAGCCAGAAUCACUAUUGCAGCUACUCACUCCUACAUACAUCACAAAGAAGAGAGGAGAAUGGAAAGAUCUUAUUGCCAAACUUGCUAAAAAUUAGCUAUUGAAGGAUAUUUGUGACUUUCGAAGUCUUCUUUCUGUCUGUACCCAUUUAUUGGAUGGCUGCAGUCUCAGUGCCUGAGGGAAGAUGCCUGGUAGAGAGAACUUAGGAUUCUUAUUUUUUUCCUGCAGGAAUGUCAUCCUCUGCAUUAUCCUAAUGGAAAAUUUCACUUUAACCCUAACUUAAGAAACAGUAUGUUCUAUGGAAAUGUCUUGAAGUUAUGCAGCAAAACCUUAAAACCAAGCUAUCUUAACAUUUGUUAAUUCCUUUUUUGGUAUUUCUUAGCCACAUUGGCUUAUUUCAAAGGAACAGCAGUGACCUGUAAAACAAAUUAAGACUGUAAAUCUAGAGGAAUGCAAGAAGUAAACUAUAUAAAAGAACCAAAAUUUAUUGUACAAGCCACUGGCUACUAGAUCAUGACCUAACCUAAUUCAAGAUCUAAAUAUUAUGAAAAUCAGUUUUUCAGUUUUGUGAUAUUUCUUCCAUUCACCAUGCAAAGUUUUCCCAGCUAUCUGCAUACCCUUUGCAAAGAUUUGAUAAAGAUAAUGUUAGCCCAUCUUCUGCCAUCUGAUUCCUGGAAUGCUUUAAGAAAGAGGGAAUCCUGAGUAGCUUCAUUCAAUUAAAUGGCUGUGAUAGACCUCUUAGUUUGCUCAGUGAGUGGGUCAGUUUGCUUCUCUGGAUUGAUAAUAGCUUUCUUUCACCUCAUUUGUUAUCCAUGCACACCCUCCUUAUUUCCAUAGUGCUAUACUUUUAAAACUCAUAGCUGAUAACUUCCCAAGGUUAUGUUAUUUCAGAUAAAUAUUUUGCUUUCUGAUAGAAAUAGUUUUUCCUUCUCUCUUAUUAAUCUGGCAGAAUUGUUUUCAGUUAUAUGAUGGUGAUUUGGGGACUUUUUUUUUUGAAACUUAGAAACUAAAAGUUGGUUUUUGAGAUAUCAAGGAGAAAAAGUGACCUUUCUCAACCCUUUCACUUAAUUAAAAAUGCAGACAAUGUAAUUUUUUAAAUGUGGAACCAAGAGUAAAAGGAAAUGCUGCCCUUUCUAAA